AAAAAAAAUGUUGCAACCAACAGACGGCGGUUACACAAACGGCUACCACAACCACGAUGGCGGCGCCGCCGGUAAUCGAGUACGGAGGUGCAGCCGCGGCAGGACACGUGGCGGCCGUAGAGGUGGUGGUAGCGACGGUGGUGCUAGGGUUUAUCAACAGCAGCAUGGAGAUGAGGAGGAGAGGGAAAAACCUGCAGUUCCUUGCACGGAUUUCGAUACGGCGUAUUUCCAUUCGUAUGCUCAUGUUGGCAUUCAUGAAGAGAUGAUUAAGGACCGUGUGCGGACUGACAGUUAUAGGAAUGCAAUUUUUCAGCAUCAAAACUUCAUUGCUGGAAAAGUUGUUGUUGAUGUUGGAUGUGGCACUGGCAUCCUAUCUAUAUUUUGUGCGCAGGCGGGUGCAAGACGUGUGUAUGCUGUUGAUGCAAGCGAUAUAGCUGUCCAGGCGAAUGAAAUUGUGAAGGCAAACAACCUAUCUGACAAAGUUAUUGUUUUACAUGGGCGGGUCGAGGAUGUUGAAAUUGAUGAAGAAGUUGAUGUUAUAGUUUCAGAAUGGAUGGGUUACAUGCUUCUUUACGAGAGCAUGCUGGGGAGCGUUAUCACUGCUAGGGACCGCUGGCUGAAACCAGGAGGUCUUAUUCUUCCAUCACAUGCAACGCUCUACAUGGCACCUGUGACACAUCCAGAUCGGUAUAGUGAAAGCGUUGAUUUCUGGCGUAAUGUUUAUGGGAUAGACAUGUCUGCUAUAAUGCCGCUAGCAAAGCAGUGCGCAUUUGAAGAGCCAUCGGUGGAGACAAUCACUGUAGAAAAUGUUUUGACAUGGCCACAAGUGGUGAAGCAUGUGGACUGCUAUACAGUGACAAGUCAGGAGCUAGAGUCCAUCACUGCCAGAUUCAAAUUUGAGUCAAUGAUGCGAUCACCCUUUCAUGGUUUUGCUUUCUGGUUUGAUGUGGAGUUUACUGGCCCAGCAGUACUUCAUUUGAAUAAUGGUAUGCCACCCUCAUUUGUUGAGCCUUCAAACAGUUACAGUCAGGAAGGCAAUAUACACAGAAAGAAGCGUCCCAAUCCUAACGAAGCUCUUGUCUUGUCAACUGCACCAGAGGAUCCCCCAACACACUGGCAACAGACGUUGGUUUACUUCUAUGAACCCUUGGACGUGGAGCAAGAUCAGGUUAUAGAAGGGUCUCUAACAUUGUCGCAAAGCAAAGAAAAUGCUCGAUUUAUGAACAUCCAUCUUGAAUAUUCAUCUGGUGGACGUUCGUUUGUCAAAGAGUCAGUGAUGCGUUAAAUCAACAUAUGAAGUCUUUGUCCCUUUAACCAUUAUGGUAGUCCUACACAGUUUCUGAUGAUUCUGGUUGUAUUUUAGGUAGGGAAACUUAAGGUGAGAUCAGGGCAUUUCCACUGCCUUAUAACUUAAAAAGUAUUGAAUGUGAGAAGUUCAUUGCAUAUGCAUGUAGUGUAUUAUGUGAAAACUUAUAACAUAUCAUCGCGAGAAUAUGGGUCUUUCCCUGAGCUGUAAUUUAUAGAGUAGAUGUAGGGUUGGUCUGCCACUGUAUUAGAAUUUUUGGAGAAGUUAAAUUCAUUAGGAUCUGAUAAAGAUAAAAAAAGAUCUAAUUAUUUCUUCAGCCACCAGCGUGACA